AUGCUGAAGGCCAUACCCAGAGAGGAGAAGGAGGCGAUCCCAGGGAUCCACACCUUCAACGCUGACCAGGUUAUGGCCGGACUGGCUGAGGCGGACUCCAUCAAAACCCUUCAAAAAUCUCUCAAUGAAGCCCACACCAAGAUUUUCAACCUCCAAGCGGCAAAAGAGAAUGUUGAGGCGGAUUUGAAGAAGGUGACUGACUCUUCCAAACUUCUGGACCUGGCCAAGAAGGAGAAUACAACUCUCCUGGCUGACAACGUCCGUUUGAAGAAGGAGGAGGCCAAGGCCAGCGAGAACUUCAAAUCUACGCUGGAGGCUGAACAGAGCCGACUCAUUGAAGAGAAUGAGCAAGACUGCGCCAACCGAAUCCGGAUUCCUCAACAUCUCACUAUUUCGGCGAAUUCGGCUAUUCGAGCUCUUUCAGAAGCUGUUUAUGGCGAUUCAGACCCAAAUUUGAGGUUUGAGAAAAGAUUGAUUGUUGAAUUGAUACCGAAGGUGGUCCAUUUGAUUAAGGAAACGAUUAAGGAGAGUUCCAUCGGUGGUGGUGAAAUUUCUGCGGCGUCUUCUAGAGUUCCUACUGUAUGUAUAAGAGAUCAAGAUUCUUUGACUCUCAAAGCUGCUAUUGAGUCAUUACUCAUGGAACACUCUUUAACUUUCUCUCAAGUUCGAGGUCAAGGUUAUGAUGGGGCAAGUAAUAUGCAAGGUUCAAUCAAUGGCCUUAAAACUCUAAUAUUGAAUGAAUGUUCUCAAGCAUACUUUGUUCAUUGCUUUGCUCAUCAACUUCAAUUGACACAAGUUGCACUUGCUAAGAAAAACUCAGAUUGUGGUUGGCUUUUUGUUGACGUACUUGCACCUCUCUUGAACUUUGUGGGAGGUUCACCUAAGAGGAAAGAAUUUCUUCGAGAAAAACAACGUCAAGGGGUUGUAGAAGCAUUAUCUUUGGGUGAAAUUGAAUCGGGAACUGGUUUAAAUCAAGAACGUGGCUUAUGUAGACCUUGUGAUACUCGUUGGGGAUCUCACUUUAAAACCAUUUUGAAUGUGCUUGAUUUAUAUCCUUCAAUACUUUUGUCACUUGAUUCCAUUGCAGAAGUAUCUGAUACACUUGAUUCGAAUAUAGCACAAUUAUUACACACUUGUUGA